GACAGCAGGGCUGUCUGAGCCCAGACAGAGAGCAAAGCUGAUCCUCAGACCACAGGAUGAACAGAGAGGAGCUGGCUCUGAAUACAAUGGGGGACCAUGAGGUAAGUGUGCUUUUUAAUCCCAAGCUCACUACAUAACACAGGAUCGAAGCUAAUAUAACUUUACCUCUGUUAACGAAAUAAGUUUAUGUCAAACAAAACACUAAGGAGGUUGUUAAUUGAAAACCCAGAUAAAUACUUAAAUAAAUUAUAUUUUCAGUAGUUUGACUACUAAAUACAUUUGGGGUUUGAUACACCACAGACAAAAUCAACAGCACAUGUGCAAUCACGACAGGCUUUAAGAAAUUUGGCGGUAAAUCUGUGACUAACCCAUUGACUGAAAACAGUCACAUCAUCUUGAUCUCCAAGAAAGGGGCGUUGGAAUUUGACCAAACCUGUGUUACAACUCCUAUUUUUGCUUUUCCCGCAGCAAAUCCAGAAAAUUCACGGCUCGGUUUUCUGAAGACUCUUACAUGUUUUUUGAUGGAUCUUUACUCCCAGAUGAGAAUCAUAUCUCCCAGAAUCUUUACAGAAAAACCGACAUGUCUGUUCAUAGCUUUCAAAUCGUCGCACUUGUAAGCAUUGUGUUGAGGGGAAUGAAAGCUCUGCAGUGAGAGUGUGACGUAUCAUCCAGCCAUGUGCAUGACUGGGCAGAGCUGCAUGCCUUCGCCCUGUCAUUGUGUUUUAAUUGUAAGUUUCCAUCAGGGAAAGGUGAAGCAGACGCCAUCUGCUGAACUUAAAAUGUACUCUUCACAUUCACAGUUUAAUUAUUUUUACCAACCCCGAUUGUUUUAGCAACAAGAUUAUAACUCAGACUUUCUAUUUGUCUUCUAGGGAUGUUUGUCUUUCAGUUCCAGAUUAUGACCUUUGGGUCACGUUUACCUUUGGGAAUAAUAACCUUUGCUUUUCAUUAAUCCCACAUUCCUUUAUUAGAAUAUGUUUUAUUUGUGUGACGUUAUAUUCAAAUCUUGAACGUCAUCUUUUUCUUUACAGCUGCAAGAACAAAAUUAUAAUUAACGGAAGUAGCCUUUAAAAGAUCAGUCAUAGUCCAUAAAAUGUGUUUAUGUUUAGUGAAUUGAGCUAUUGAAAUGUAAUUACUUUUCAGUAAUAUUCACUAAGUUACUUUUAUUGCAUAUGGCUGCAUGUUAUUCUUUAGUUCUUUGUACAUUGAGCUUAAAUGGGAAUCUGUGAUAUGAAAAUUGCUAAAGAUGUAUCAAAUAAUAUUCAAAAGUGGUUUUUAAAAGGGAGACCACUUUUGCUUUUACAAAUCAAAAGUGUCAGCAAGACAGUUCAGUUUACUGUGUGUGAUGAAAACAUAAAACAAUUACCAAACAAAACAAAAAGGAAAUAUUAGAAUUCAGACUAUGAUUGAUCAGUGCUACAGUUAUUAAUAAUCAAAGAUAAAUGGGGUUUUAGUCUUGAUUUGUAGUGUUUCAGCAUUUUUGCAGUAUUUUUUUUUGUUGAAAGUUUGUUCUAGAUUAAACUGAAUGCAGCUUCCAGAUCCAGUCCAGUCCCAAAGAGUCUGACCCAGCUCUGCAGUGGUUUCAGUAAUUCAGGGUCAACAGUGUCUCUUAUUGAACUGUUUGAUGAGGGCGGCGCUGUGGUAACCAUGGAAACCAGACAGACAGAUGUCAAAGUGGUUGAUCAUUAAGAAACUGUUUAACAGUUGAAACAGUUUUUCUCUUAAAUUGAGGUUUGAGACUAGGCUGUAAUCUCAAACCUUACAGAAGUGAUUUGUCCAGAUUGAUGCGUUUUUAUCAAUAUUUUACUGUCAUUAAAAUGUGAAGGAAAACACCUGAUGAGAGGAAAGAGUUUACUACUUGAAUCAGAUCAGAUGCAAUGACAGGCAGAUUUUUCUUAAGGAAAGUUUUAAAAAAAAAGCUUUCAAAUACAACUAAAAUUCAUAAUAGUUUAAUGAAUAAAAUAAUAUUUAACUCAGUUUCUAACUUGAUUUAUUAUGGAAGCCAGUCAGCUUAUUUCAGAGUGGUGGAGUGAGUGUCUUGUUCAAGCUCAUGAAACACGGGAGGUUUAAAUGUGGACAGAGAACGCAGCACAUGCUGGGACUAGCCUGUUCCUCUGACUCAGGUGAGUCAUCACCUGUCGCAGCAACACUCUCAUGUUCUUCAUGCUGCCACACCUAAAUGCAGAGAAGGAUGACAUUUGAAAACAUGACAGUUUGGGGAAAAAAUCUAGAGACACAGAAAGAAGAUCUCCAAAUCUUCUUCUCUUGUGACAUGUUGGAGAGAGUGAAUGUUUUCUGCACCUUUCAGGGUCAGACUGGGAAAAGACUUUACUCCUUUGACAUGAACCACUAUGCCACUAAGAAGAGUGCAGCUCAGAGUAUGCUGGAUGUUGCUUUGCUGAUGGCCAACUCGUCCCAGCUGAAGACCAUCCUGUAUGUGGGCCCAGAGUACAUCUUCUACAUCCCUCUCAUCGUUCUGCUCUCUCUGUCCAUCAUUCUGCAGGUGAUAGUGGGAUUGCUGCUCGUCUUUAUUGCAGUGAAGUAUGAUCUGAAUGACGAACGGAAACGAGCCAAGCUGGACACGAUGAACAACAUGGCCACGGUGUUCGUCUUCUUCACGGUCCUCAUCAACAUCUUCAUCACCGCGCUCGGGUUCCAGGGCCAUUCGAUGAGCGCAGCACCUGACAUCCCCUUACCUCUGCUGCCUCCUUCACCUAUUAACCUGACUAAAACCGGGGUCCUAUAGGAAACUGCGGCCCCUCACAUUCUUAUUUAACAU